AUGGCGUUUUGCUUCCAGGCGAACGUGAGCCAGGCCGAGUACGAGAGAGCGCACAGAGAGUACCUGAAACAAAUGCAGCUGUCGCACGACCGCGACGGGCAGAAGAAGUUAAGAAUGCGACGGGACCUCCAUGUAUUCCAAGCCGCUGAGCAUCCGGGGAACAAAUCGAGCCUCGGCUUCAGCCGUAGGGGAGAGCACCACCGUCACUCCCUGUACUUCCCCGUGGCGAUUUCCGGCAACGCGGAGGACGUCACGGUCGAUCACGCGUCCCUGAGAUUCCUCCUCGAUGGCGAUCACCGACGUCCGCGCGAUCUCGAGGCGCUGGUCUAUCUCCGCACGCCGGUCUCCCGGCGUCUGCUGCUGCGGCGCGCGAUCCCGCAGGGAUCCGAGCCGACGACGGGCUCCGGCCGAUGGCUGGAGUUGGACACCACCGAGGCGGCCGCGGGCUGGCUCGAGCACGGCCUGGAGAACCACGGCCUCGAGCUCGAGUUCCUCCACGACGGCCGGCCGACGCGGCGCGUGGUAUCCCAAGCGGCGUUGAACGUGUUCGCCACGUCGGAGCCCGCCGGCAGGAGGAAGAGAUCCACCCCCGAGGAGCUGAUGCCGCUGCACAAGGGCCGACGCAGCAAGUGCAAGGGCGACAACAACAAGAAGUGCUGCCGGCACGAGCUGACGGUGAUGUUCAAGGACCUGAAGGGCUUCGAGUUCAUCGUGUACCCGAAGGGCUUCGACGCCGGCUACUGCAAGGGCCGUUGCCCGCCCCGCUACAACCCGGCGCACCAUCACGCUCUGCUGCAGAGCCUGCUGUGGAAGGAGGACCGAAAGCGGGUGCCGAAGCCGUGCUGCGCGCCCAGCAAGCUCGACCAGCUGAUGAUCGUCUACUUCGACGAGAACGACUCGACGCAGCUGAAGGUGUCCUACUGGAAGAAUAUCCAGGUGCUGGAGUGCGCCUGCUCGUGAAAGAAGAAGAAGAAAGAAGAGAGAACGAAACAGUCUACCGAGGACUCACCAAAGAAUCGUCCGAAUUGCGGUUCGGUGAUGCCGCGAAUAUAAUCGCGUUAAGAUACUAACUAAUAAUGAAUAUACUGAUAAUGACGAAAGUAAACAAAAUGUACGGUCGUUCGAGCGACUUUAGGAUUUUCGUGCAUUUCCGCGAUUCCUUCAGACUUCCAUUAACUCCUCUCUCUCUUUUUUCUUUUGAUAUAUGAUUCGGACGAUCCGAGGCAUCACCGAACACUCAGACCCCCUGCGACUCGCUCGGGGUCUCGCGCAUCGACUGUGAUACUAACGAUAUUUACUUGUCACGUUAUAUUCCUUAAUUACAUAGCGAUCGAUAUUUAAUAUUAGGACAUUCUCCGGGUCCGAUUGAAAGGAAGCAGAUCGUCGACGAUGACGAUUGCGUCGAGAUCCGUUUCUUUUUAGCCGGGCGAGCGUCUCCCUCUCCCCGUACGAAACGCCAUAAUGUCAUCGUGUAUCUAUAACGCAUGCCCGCCCCUAUCUGUUAAUUUAUUACCAUCGCGUAAGCUCCCGCGAAACGGAGCUGGUCGAUGUCUAUUAACGUAAUUUGUGACACAAGCUAAAAGUCUUCGCUCUUACCGAACCUUUUGUUUUGUAUCGAGGUUUUGUUAGUUCCUAUAGAGUAUUACGACUAGAAUCUCCGAGCGCGCCCCGUAAAAUCUCUCGAUUCUUCCCCCCUUCCCCCCGCGAAUGCAGUCUGACGAUCGCGAGCACGUGUUACGUCGUUGCAAAAAUUAUAAAAAUUGCGUUUUCCGCGAUAUUCGCCGCCGAUCGAUGGCCGCCGCACGCUAAUCUCCAUUGCAUAUGUGUGAACAUAUUUCGAGCUCUAUCUGUGAAAUAAUAAUAUAUUCGCAUUUUAUCUAUGAAAUAAUCGUGUAUCGUAUAUUUGUCGAGCGCGCAACCAAGAUCGAGAUGAGAAAAUUGUAUUGCUAACGCGCCGAUAUAUCAAAUUGUAUAGAAAUUUAUGAUCGCGCACACUAUUGUAAAUUAUAAUCUAAUUAAUCACCCACGGCGGCGCCCUUUUACCAUCGUUACUCCUGUCCGUCUUAAUUACUGUCAACUUAUCCGACGUUGGAGAUCCGUUUAUAGCGAAGUCUUAAAUAUAUGAUCUAUCAGUUUUCAAUAAAAGAAAAACAGA